CACCGCAGAGAAAAAAAGAACACGAGGACCUCGCGACUCCACCUCCAGCUCCUCCGUCCAGGCCUACCUCACCUCACCUCACCUCACCAGAGGAGUAUAUAUCUACUCCGCCCGCACCGGCUGAUCCCCUCGCCUCGCGAUCGCCACCACCAAUCCGGGCGGCCUGCUUGUCUUCUUCCUCCUCCCGGUUCAGCGAUUCCUUUUCGUCUUGGCGCGGGGCUCGACGCCAGAGGUGAUUGAGAGGACUCCAAUCCUUAUCCCCCACGCACCUCCCGCCUCGCCUCCGCCACACGUUCCGCGCCGUCCCCUCUCCACACCUCUCUCUCCAUCCAUCUCGCUCCUCUGGAUUCUUCCCACCCGCCCGAUUCCCUUCUUCGGCUUGCGUUGCGCCUCUCCUCCUCCUCCUCCUCCUCCCCCUUCUUUUCUUCCUCAUCAAUCACUCAUCACUGCUACUACUUCGUUGGUUCCCCCCAUUACCGGCCCACUGCCGCCGAGAGAGAUUUUGGUGUGCCUACUACCGAGUCUCAAUCCUAUACCCCAAAAACUCGGGAUUCUCUGCUGCUGCUGCUGCUGCUACUACUACCAGUACUAUUAUCCUCCCGUUGGCCGGAACGGAAUCGGUUCUGUGCCGGUGAGUUGCCGCGGCGGAUACAACGCGUUUCCGCGAGGAUUCCGCGUGGUGAAAGAAAGAAAGAUCAGGUCUUUUCUGCGGAUUUCCGUUGUUACCGAACAGAGGGAGAGAAGGAGAGAGAGAUGUCGGCUCUCCUCGAUCUAUUGAUGGGGAUCCUCCGGCAGCAGACCAUCGGCGGCGCCGCGCUGGAGCUCGCCGCGAUAGCGGCGCCGCUGUGGCUCGCCGCGCUCGUCGGCCUCCUCAUCGGCUGGGCGUGGCGCCCGAGGUGGGCGGGGGUCGUCGUCGGCGUCGGCGGCGGCGGCGGCGACAACAACGCACAGCACCAGGCGGCGGCGCACCUCCUCCCUACGCCGCCCCCUCCUCCUCCGGCGCGCGCCACCGCCACCGCGGUGGUCUCUCGCAACGAGGCGCCCGCUGUCGUCCCGAGGACUGUGGUGGCUCCUGCGGCGGCGGCGCCCGAGGACGAGCAGCUGGCGGUCAACACCGGCGACUUGAUGCACCUCUGGCGGCUCGUCGAGGAGAAGGACGGUGGUCCGUCGUGGAUUCACAUGAUGGAUCGCACCUUGCCCACCAUGAGAUACCAAGCCUGGCGGAGAGACCCACCGAAUGGUCCGCCACAGUAUCGCAGUAGCACUAUCUUUGAGGAUGCGUCACCAGAGGUUGUGAGAGAUUUCUUCUGGGACGAUGAGUUCCGGAUUAAGAACAGCUGGGAUGACAUGCUUCUUCAGCACGAGACACUGGAGGAAUGCACCAGGACUGGAACCUUGGUUGUCCGGUGGGUCAGGAAGUUCCCAUUCUUCUGCAGCGACAGGGAGUACAUCAUAGGUCGCAGGAUAUGGGCAUCUGGAAAGACGUUUUACUGUGUCACCAAGGGUGUGCCUCGACCCUCUGUUCCAAGACAUAACAAACCUCGACGUGUGGACUUAUACUACUCUAGCUGGUGCAUCCGUCCAGUUGAAUCAAGGAAAGGCGAUGGUUCAAUGACUGCAUGUGAGGUGCUCUUAUUCCAUCACGAAGAUAUGGGGAUUCCAUGGGAGAUUGCAAAGCUUGGUGUCCGGCAGGGGAUGUGGGGCUGCGUCAAAAGGAUAGAGCCUGGCCUUCGGGCAUACCAAGUUGCAAGGACCGCUGGAGAGCCUAUUUCGAAAUGUGCUGCCAUGGCACAUGUCACCACCAGGUUCAAUGCGGAUGAGCUCAUUACAGAAGAGAACACAGAGGGCAGUUCAUCCAACAACACAGAGGUCGAGAAGCCAAAGCACUGGACAAACAAUAUACCCAAGGUUCUCAUGAUAGGCGGUGCCGUCGCCCUGGCUUGCACCUUUGACGGUGGAUUGUUGACCAAGGCCGUCAUAUUCGGCACGGCGAGAAGGUUUGCAGGGCCAGGAGGGCCAGGAAGGCGGUAGGUGGAUGGAGCUGGUUACCGUAGAGCAAUGCCACCCUUGUCAUGUAGCAAAGCUAUGCGUGGAAGUGCCCCAAACAAUCUUUUUGUAGCAAUACAUUGCAGAGGACGGAAUGCCGUGUCUAGAUGUUCAGUGUAGACAUCCUCAUGCUGCAGAUAAGGUGGUGUGCUCAUAUUAGGUCAGUUGAGAAAAUAGAUCCUGCACAUUCCAGAAAAGGAAAUCGGCGGAAAGAUCCAGCGACACAGACCGGACAUACAUCUGUUGCUGCAGUCGCCGCGGGUUAGAGCCAGCUGGUUAGGUUAGAACUAUAGCAUUAUUUUGAGGACAAGUGUGAAGAGUUGGUAAAGAGAACAGCCGUAUGAUGUAAGAUGUACUAGGUUCAUGUUACAAAAUACACUGCUGUUUAGUAGUUAAUAACAAGAACAAGAAUUCUGCCUUUUGUACCUAUGUGGCAUCUAUUUGCUCGUCCGGUCUUCCCUAUGGAUACUAGACGUUGACCUUUUGACAGUUGCUGCAGAAUUUUUUGACAGAGAAGUUUUUACCCAAUGCUGUGUCUAACUACACUAUGUAUCUUUGGAAUAAGACUAUUUUUUCCCCAAAGUUGGCAAAGCUUAUAAA